UCAGGCCCUCGACAGUCUCGAAGUUGGCCGGAUCCUUUGCUAUGAGAGCGCCCUUUCGCAGCAGCGGCAGAGCAUCUUCGAUCCCGUACUUGGUCGCAAACUCGUCCACGUCACGGAGAAGCUGUCUCUUGGGGAUGCUGGCCAGCGGGUUAAGACAACAUGGUCCCACAGCUUCGUCAGUAUGGACCUUCUCUUAACUCGGCGUUUUUCCAGCUUGGAGGUGUAAGAAUAUUAUAUGCAUGGUAUCUACGCACUUUGCGGAUAUGUUGUGCUGGAGGUCGAUGCGAUCUCUCUCUGCACGCUCCUCGUCCUCAAUAUCGGAGCUUCCAUUGCUCAGCUUCGGUUCAACAUGAGCUGUCUGAGUUUGAGGCGAGACCUGCUGUGUCUCUGGCUGUGGUGCAGCUGUCUCCUGCGUCGAGGUUGGCUGCUGUGUGUCGGUGGCAGGCUCGUUGCCACGCUCGGGUUCGGCCAUUGUAAAGGCAGGCUUUGCCAGGGCACGUAACUAUAGCUUCAACAGCCUUGCCUGGAGAAAAGGAGGAGAUGGAGGAAAAGGCAGUGCAAUGAAGAACUACAAGCUGUUCGACUAUCUGGCGUACCUGGUGUGCUUAAAUAGUUACACUCGCUUGGGUCAUCAACAACAUCAACAACACCAACAAAGACAAGCUAGAAAUAGCGCAAAGCCGGGCGACCAAGAGGCUUUAUAAAGCAAAAAGAAAAGCCUCUCCCGCCUCCCAUGAAUUUAAACAUAUAUACUCUUGCACCGC